UUUGGUUGGAGAGAGAGCUGACUUGUGAGUCUCAAAUCAAUCAGGUCUUUUUUCCCCUUUUCUCUCACUCGCUGGGAUUUGCCGACAUCACCGGGUAGUCUCUCUCUCUCUCUCUCUCUCUCUCCCCCUCUGUCUCUCUCUCUCUCGUCCACAUUUAUUCUCUCCACUGCUUGCAUCAACCCAGCUCUUGCUUUCCUCUCCUCUCCUCCACUCCACCAGGAUAUUUCCUCCUCCUUUUUCCAUAUCCGAACAUAUUCCUGUUUUCUGCCCUGCUUUUCCUUCAUAUCUCCUGGAAUGUGGCACUCUUUGGCUUUCACUCUAUGUGGGAUCUCCGCUUUGAUCCAGGUGUCGGUGCAGGGUCCAUACCAGCGGACCCUGCUGAAGAACCUCCUGAAGGAUUAUAACCGCAUGGAAAGGCCUGUUGCAAAUGACUCUCAACCUCUCACUGUCUUUCUGUCUAUGAGCUUGAUACAGAUCAUGGAUGUGGAUGAGAAAAAUCAAGUACUGACUUCCAAUAUCUGGCUUAACAUGCACUGGUAUGAUCAUUAUCUGCAGUGGAACCAGUCGGAGUACCCAGGUGUCAAAAACCUUCGCUUCACCACUGACCAAGUGUGGACACCAGACAUCCUGCUCUACAAUAGUGCAGAUGACAAGUUUGACUCAACAUUCAAAUCGAAUAUUGUAGUGAACUCCAGUGGCUACUGCAACUACCUGCCUCCAGGUAUCUUCAUGAGCACCUGUAACGUGGAUGUACGCUGGUUUCCGUUUGACAUCCAGAAGUGUGAGCUUAAAUUUGGCUCAUGGACGUUUGACGGAUGGCUGCUGGAUCUCCAGAUGAAUGAGGCUGAUAUCUCAGGCUAUAUGCCCAACGGAGAGUGGGAUCUUGUGGGUGUGCCGGGCACAAGAAACGAGCUGUUCUAUGACUGCUGUAAAGAACCCUAUCCAGAUGUGACAUUUGUGGUAACCAUUCGCCGACGGACGCUCUACUACGCCUUGAACCUUCUCGUUCCUUGCGUCCUCCUUUCAUCCAUGACCUUGCUUAUCUUCCUAUUGCCUGCUGACUCCGGAGAAAAGAUUUCACUAGGUAUUACUGUGCUACUCUCAUUAACAGUCUUCAUGUUAUUGGUGGCAGAAAUCAUGCCAGCAACCUCAGACUCCAUCCCGCUAAUAGGACAGUAUUUUGCCAGUACAAUGAUCAUUGUUGGAAUGUCAGUUAUUGCCACAGUGGUUGUGCUCCAAUAUCACCACCAUGACCCCAACGGAGGGAACAUGCCCAAAUGGGUCCAGCUGGUCUUGCUCCAGUGGGUGGCCUGGUUUUUGCGUAUGAAGCGUCCUGGUGAGAGUGAAGACCCUGAGCGCCCUCCUUGUGCCCCUCACUUAAGACGUUGCUCUUCAGGUUCCCAGAGCGGCAGCCUCCCAAAUGCACCCGGUUCUGCCUCUGCAGACCUCCACCACCACCACCACACAUCCUCUACGCUACACCCACUUCAUCCCCAAAGCCUCCUUCAAGCCGCCGCGGUCGCCGGCCACCCCCACCAUCUUCACAACCAGACCAACAGUGCCAACAACAAUGGCAACCUGCUCUACAUUGGGUUCUCCAGUCUCGACGAAGCUUCUCCACCAUCUUUGCUCGCAGAGUCUGUGCAAAGAAACAGCAUGUCGGGCGGCCCCCGUCCUGCGGUGGUUUCGCCUCCAGCAGUAGGCUCCAGUCCUCCACCUCACCUGCCCUCACAGUUCUGCAGCCCUCCGCCGCCUCCCACUCCCAAUCUGGAGGCAACGGGUUGUCCAAGCACAGUGUCCGGUGGUGGCGGAGGUUGUUCUUGCUCAGGAACCAGUGGUGGAGGAGACCCACAGCUUCAGGCUAUUUUAGAAGAGGUGCGAUACGUUGCUGAUAGGUUCCGCGGACAGGAUGAAAAUGACAGCAUGUCCGAACAGUGGAAGUUUGCUGCAGCCGUAAUCGACCGACUUUGUCUGGUGGCAUUCAGUGUUUUCAACAUCAUCUGCACCAUCUCCAUUCUCAUGUCAGCACCUAACUUUGUGGAGGCAGUUUCCAAGGACUUCAUCUGAUUGCUUUGUUGGAAGUGAACGUGCAUUCAGGAAACUUGGGUUUGACCUUUAAUGGGAAGUAUUCAUUUCCCUAACUUUUUUUCCAAGACUGUGUUUGGAAUAAUGCAGAAUCUUGAGGUCUGGAUUGAGAACGCUUCUGAAUGGCUAAAGGCCUUCACUGCAAGGUGUUUGUAAAUGACAAAGGGGUUGGUUCACUAUAUGGUAAAAUGUUCAGCUAUGGAAUGAAUGAAAAACUAUACAUAAAAAAGCGAAAACACUGAUUAUUGAUCUUUCAGCUGUCUCAAACGCCUCAUAACCCCACAUGAACUUCUGAAGAAUGACCAGUUGUGUUACUCAAACUUGUGUGACAUUGUACAUCUUACAUCUAGCACAGUGCAAAACGUCUCUAAGAUGUCAAAAUCUAUUUUGGUAAUGUUCAUCUACGGGUAGGCGAGGAGAGAGGGAGGGAGGGAAGAGCUGAAGAGACAGAGUAAUAUUGAUAAUAGUGGCAGAUGUGAGGUGAAUGGCUCGUAUGAACCCAGAUAAAAAACUCUUUUCUUAAAAUAUUGAAAAAGGCAUGUGUUUCAAGGACAGAUAUAGGAGAAUAGGAGAACUGCUAGAAGGUUUGAGUGGUUCAGAUAAUGGAAAGAUAAAAAAGAAGUGAAAGAUGGAAUACAUCCCAGACGUGGACAGAGAUGUAGACCGAUAGAGAGAUUAGGGCCUCACAAGAAAACGAGGCAAGAGCAGAAUAAGGGUAAUGAAAGACAAAAUGAGACAAGCGUGUAUAAGA